CAGGUUGUUUGGUGUUUCUGUGUACAGCUAUGCCGCUCCGGGAUCCGUGAUCGGAGCCUCGAUGAGCGGCGCGCUGAUUCUGCAGAAGAAUGGCUUUAGAGAGGUCCGACGGAUCGGCGAAGGUGCCUUUGGACAAGCUGUUUUGGUGGAGGAUGAACAGGGCUCGAAGUUGGUGUGUAAGAUGGUGGAUGUCCGAGAGGCCUCUCCUAAGGAGGUGCAAGAUACCCGGAAGGAAGCUCAGCUCCUGGCAUCCUUCAAGCAUCCUUUCAUCGUUGACUACCGCAGCAACUUCUUAGACGGUGGCUACCUGUGUAUUUUCAUGGCCUUCUGUGAAGGUGGCGACCUUGCCACACAGAUCAGCUCCGCAAGAGAUGCUCAACGGCGAAUAGCAGAGCCGCAGGUGUUGCGAUGGAUGACGCAGGCUUUGCUCGCCUUGAAAUACAUCCACGAUAAGCACGUGCUGCAUCGAGACCUGAAAUCAGGGAAUUUCUUCUUGUCCAAAGCUGGCAAUCUGAAAAUGGGGGACUUUGGCAUUGCAAAAGUUCUCAACAGCACUCAGGCCAUCGCACGGACGACGAUCGGCACUCCAUACUACCUGAGCCCUGAAGUUUGCCAAGAGAAGCCGUACGCGUGGCCGGCUGACAUUUGGGCGAUGGGUGUAAUCCUUUACGAACUCUUGGCGUUGAAGCUGCCCUUCGACGGAGGAUCCAAUAUGGUGAUUCUCGUGCAGAGCAUCAUUCGGGGUACAGCUCCGCCACUUCCUGAGGAAUAUUCUCCAUUUGUGCGCUCGCUUUGCAGCGAGAUGCUGAGCAAAGUCCCGGCCAAGCGCCCCACAGCUGGUGCAAUCCUGAGCCGCGCACCACUGCAAAGCAUCGUGCAGAGCUUCUUCGAAGAGGCCCGGGCUAAGGCAAGAGAGCCACCGGAGGCCAAGGAGCCUUCACCGCCUGAGCCGGAGUCCAUCAAGGCACCCGCAGCUACUGCAGCCUGUUCCACACAACUGUUGGAUCAGAUGCUGAAUGAGUCCGACAGCACAGAGGCCUCACAGGCACCAGCAGUUGGAAUUGGUGGAGGUGAAGGAAUGUCCUUGGAGGACCAGUGCAGUGAGCUAUUGGCAGAGCUCGGCCUAGAUGGUGACGACGUGGACACUGCAGGCUCGCUUACCCAAGCCGAGCUCGAUCUGCUUUGCAGCAUGUCACUGGCAGCAAAAGUCAAUCUUGGGCCGAGCACGAUGUUCACGAGGCCAAUCCCAUCUCAAAAUGACGUGACUCGAGCGACUCGCAUUUUCGGAGCGUAGUGUAUUCUCGCUACUAGUAACAAGAAGCUACUAGUAGCAAAGGGCAUCGCUCCUAGGAGCAAGGACGCUACUAGGGGCUCUUGGCCUUACUACUAGGAGCAAGGACGCUACUAGGAACAAGUCUUCCGAACAAUCUACGAAACCUUGGCCCUUCUGUGUCCCAGCAUUUGAUAGCCUACCCCGCCUGGAAGAAUAAACGACUUGCUAGGCUAGUAGCGAAAGGAAAUGAAGUCGAAGACAUACACAGCAAGCAAAGGAAUCAAAGGAUAGAUUUAAGAAAUGAAGGUGGCCUAAAUACAUGUUUUUUGUAGGAGUUGGAGCAAUCGAAAAGCAUUCUCAGAGUGCAGGAUAGGGUCGGAUAGGGGACAAGGCAAAGAAAAGGUGAGUGGAAAGGUGAGCAGAAAGCGAUUCAAAGGUGAUGUGAUUGACAUAUUUGGAUAGCCAAAAGCGAGAGGAAAGCAAAAAAAGUGACCAAUAUGUGCUCAAAACGCAAUCCAGAAUCGAAACCAAAUAUUUACUUUAAACUUCCCACCAGGAUAUGUUAUGGCACGUGUCUAUCCCAUAGAUAUUUCUUGACACAAGAGCCUUGAGGUUGUGUUGUUUUCUUGAUGUUCCUUUAUUCCUUUAGACUCUAGACCUCCAGCAAGUGUCCUUGUUUGAGGUAACCCUCCGGGCGGAGGACAUAUGAAGAUUCCUGUGAAGAUGUGUUUUGAAUGUUUUACUCUUUACUCCCUGGCGACCGGGAGCAAUCUCAGCUACCGAGCUUUGCCGGGAGACCGUCUCACGUUUUGAGCGUCUUUGGGUGGUGUGCCUUCAAGGGACGAGUGCCAACGUCUUUGAACAUCUC